AUGGCAGCUCCCACCCUGCUGCUCCUGGCACUGUUACUGCCCGUGGGGGCCUGGCCUGGGCUGCCCAGGAGGCCCUGUGUGCACUGCUGCCGCCCGGCCUGGCCCCCUGGACCCUAUGCCUGGGUGAGUGACGGGGACCCGUGGAGGAGGCUGCCUCGAGUGCGGCCCACCAUAGACAUUGAAAUUCUCAAAGGUGAGAAGGGCGAGGCCGGCGUCCGAGGUCGUGCCGGCAGGAGCGGGAAGGAGGGGCCGCCGGGCGCCCGGGGCCUGCAGGGCCGGAAAGGUCAGAAGGGGCAGGUGGGGCCGCCGGGCGCCCCGUGCCAGCGCGCCUACGCGGCUUUCUCCGUGGGCCGGCGCGAGGGCCUGCACAGCUCCGACGACUUCCAGGCGGUGCCCUUCGACACGGAGCUGGUGAACCUGGACGGCGCCUUCGACCUGGCCGCGGGUCGCUUCCUCUGCACGGUGCCCGGCGUCUACUUCCUCAGCCUCAACGUGCACACCUGGAACUACAAGGAGACCUACCUGCACAUCAUGCUGAACCGGCGGCCCGCGGCCGUGCUCUACGCGCAGCCCAGCGAGCGCAGCGUCAUGCAGGCCCAGAGCCUGAUGCUGCCGCUGGCCGCGGGCGACGCCGUCUGGGUGCGCAUGUUCCAGCGCGACCAGGACAACGCCAUCUACGGCGAGCACGGAGACCUCUACAUCACCUUCAGUGGCCACCUGGUCAAGCCGGCCGCCGAGCUGUAG